UCCGAGUAAAUCACCUUGUAUAUAGGCUCAAGUUAAAGGGAAAGUAAUGUUUUUUAUUGUUUAUCAAGUACCCACCAUUUCUAAUAGCAAACGAAAGUUCACUUGCUCUUAUCAUAAACUUUCUCCGUAAGAUGCAUCUGAUCAUACUCAAUACUAGGAUCCAGAGUCACAUAUUCAGUCUUACUUCGAACAGAUUGAUUGGUGGAUCAUAAUGAUCAUUCCCUACAUUUAUAUUCGAUAUGUUUUCUAUACUAUCGUUUUCGUAGUACUUCCUAUACUCGCGUUAAUUCUAUUGAAAAUUUUCCAAAAGCUCACUCUCGGGAAAUGCAGAAGUUUUGUUUGUUUAUCUGGUAAAACGGCCAUAGUCACAGGAGGUGCCUCAGGAAUAGGAUUCGAAACCGCCCUUCAACUGGCAUCCAGGGGAUGCAGGGUUAUAAUAGCGGACAAAUUCAGUUCAAUGAGAGCUGCGAAAAAAAUUACGCGCAUCACGAAUAAUCCUAAUGUCCUCCACAAAUAUUUGGACCUUUCGUCCUUAAGGUCUGUGAGGGAAUUCGCAAAAGAUAUAAAUGAGACAGAGGAACGACUGGACAUUUUGAUCAACAACGCACGAGCUGUAAACGUUGGUAAUGAGCACACUGAGGAUGGAUUGCACGAAACUAUGCAAAUAAACCAUUUUGGACCGUUUCUGCUGACCCAUUUACUUGUAGACCUCCUGAAGAAAUCGGCGCCCAGCAGGAUCAUCUUCGUGAGCUCAGCUUUCGCCUACUUCAGCAAUCUUUCGAUCGAGAAUCUGAACUAUCCUAAAGAUCACCCGCUGUCUCUCUUCAGGACCGGACUGAUCUAUGGCAAUUCGAAGCUUUGCAACGUCAUAUCAGCCAAUGGUUUCGCCAAGAGGCUGGAGGAUUAUGGUGUUACAUGUAAUUCUUUACACCCUGGUUGGGUUAACACGAAGAUUGAGAGGAACCCUGAGGAAUAUGGUGGUUUGGAUGGAAUUGAGCAGGUCAUUUUCAGUCCGCUAUCCUACAUUUAUGCCAAGACUCCAAGGGAAGGAGCCCAAACAACUUUGCACUUAGCCAUGUCAGAAUCUCUGGAAAAUGUUACUGGCAAACAUUUUUGGGACUGCAUUACAUUCCCUCUCCCACCUGGUGCCCGAAACGAAAAAUUCUGUCAGGAUAUCUGGAAAGAAUCUGAGAUUUUCGUACAGCUCCAAGAUUCUGAAAAACUACCACUCAUCAAUCCCGAAGUAAGUCAGGUAAUGGACUCUGACAAGAAGAAAGAUGUAAGGGAAAAGGAGGAGAACAAAGAGAAUAUUGAAGAAGAAUUAAUAAAAGAUGAGAAUAAAGGUGAUGGUGCAGAAAAAGAGGCUGAGAUUACUAAGAUAAGAGAUAAAGACGAGAAUAUUGACGAAGAAAACGUCGAAAAAGAGGAUGGAAAUAUCUUACGUUUCAGGAAGAUAAACGACAGAAAGGAAUUCUUAAAUUUGAAUGGUAAACAAGAACAAAACGAAGCCAAGGAUAGGAGCUGAGAGAACUUUUCAGUUUUUUUUUUCGUUUUGCUAUCUCAAUCUCGUGAAGAUUAUUCUUUAUGAUCAUUAUUCGAGGAUUUAUAGAUUCAGAAUAAAAUAAUUUCAUACCAAUAUUAGACGGUAAUAUAAAUAUUUGAAAACUCCUCUCAUUUUUGAAGAAACGAAUCACAAGUGAGAUUUUGAAAAAAUCCUUCUCGUAUUUUCUACUUACUAGAUAUAUUUGAACUUCUAGAUGAUAAUGAACUGAUUUGUAACGAUAUUAUUGUAGAAAAAUGAGGAAUAAACUUUUUUAGAAACAA